GGGGCGCUGCGGUGUAGAUGCUUCCUACCGCCACAGAAGGGGGGUUUCCAUUGCUGUUGGUCUUCCACCUCUCCAAGAGGCAGAAUCCUGGAUGGCUCUCAGAGGCAUGAGUUUUUCACGCCUGAGCACCUAACUUACGUCAACCUAGCUUUGAAGAGUGGACCAGAUAUUAGUGAUGAGGUCAGAAUAAGAACCUACACAGAAUGGAAUCAUAGAAAUGUAGGGCUGGAAAGAACCUCGAGAAGAUGCCCCCUCAUUCCGAGACAGGAUUAAGGAUACCAAGCCCAUCCCUGGCACAUGUUUGUCUAACCUGGUCUUAAAAACCUAAAGGAUUUAUAGGUGCGUGUAGAAUUCAGCAGGUCUCGAGUCCCGACAGCAUAAUCAUUAUGCCAAAUUACACAUUCCCAUUUAGGAGAGUAGCAAGGAUGUAGCCACUUCUCUCUGUCCUUUCAUUUGUGACAUGCCCCCUCACCUCUGUGUAUCUUUUGAAUGGGUAAUUGGAGAGAGAAUCUCCACCAAUGCAGCCGCCUUGUUCCCUGGCUGCUACUUACGCAAGCAUGAAACAUGCCGGGACAUUUCACCCCAAACCAGCGAUGACUCUGAAGUGUAAACUCUUGCGUUUUCCUCUUUUUAGAGCCCCUCGCCCUGCCAGCCGCUGGAUGCUAAGCGCCUGGCGAACGAAUGAAUAAGAAGCUGACCAGGAGAAGGGACUCUUGAGCAACUGCUAAGAUGGGCAUGAGGAUCAAGCUACACAGCACGGAUCACCCCAACAACCUGCUGAAGGAACUCAACAAGUGCAGGCUGUCGGAAACCAUGUGUGACGUCACCAUUGUGGUGGGGAGCCGCUCCUUUGCUGCACACAAAGCGGUGCUGGCCUGCGCGGCCGGCUACUUCCAGAACCUCUUCCUUAACACGGGGCUGGAUGCCGCCAGGACCUACGUGGUGGACUUCAUCACGCCGGCUAACUUUGAGAAGAUCCUGAGCUUUGUCUACACCUCUGAGCUCUUUACGGACCUCAUCAACGUGGGCGUCAUAUACGAGGUGGCAGAGAGGCUGGGCAUGGAGGAUCUGCUCAAGGCCUGUCAUUCCACCUUCCCCGACUUGGAGAGCUCAGCUAUUACCAAGCAGCCCUCUGGGUCGGGAGAAGGCCGUUCGGGCCCUUUGGGCAGCACGGUGACAGAACCAAACCCUUCCCUGGGCGAACUCCGGAGCAGUGGGGAGCACUUUGGCCCUGAGCGGAAUUGCAUCUUGCACGGGGAAUUGGCAGGUGGCUACAAAGAGGAUGACAGGAAUCCCAUUAGUGAAGCCGGCCAUAACCUGCCUUUGAUGCAUCAACCGCUUCCAAAGACAGAAGAGCAGGAACUAACGGAGCAGUUUGCUUCUCCCACCAACAUGGUGUCUCAACCCAGCCUGGGCAAUGUAAACAUGGCCAUUCAAACCACUGCAAGUACCUGCCAGCCCUAUAAGAUCCAGAGCAACGGGGACUUCAGCAAGACCAGCUUUUUCGCUGCUGAUACCUCGCUGGACAUCUCCACCGGGAGCAACUCCUGCCCCAGCAACAGUGACCAUUCCAAAGAUCAGGGCUUCGGGCAGAUGGAUGAGCUGCAGCUGGAGGACCUAGGGGCGGACGAGCUGCACUUUGAAGAUGCUGGUGAAGAGCUGGGCCCUGUGGAGGAGGUCAUCGAGCUGAGCGAUGACAGCGAGGAGGAGCUGGCCUUUGAGAACGACAGCCGGGAGAGCAAGGCCAUGCCCUGCCAGGUGUGCAAAAAGGUCCUGGAACCCAACAUCCAGUUGAUCCGCCAGCAUGCGAGGGACCACGUGGACCUGCUCACCGGCAACUGCAAGGUGUGCGAGACCCACUUCCAGGACCGUAAUUCCCGGGUCACCCAUGUCCUGUCCCACAUCGGGAUCUUCCUCUUCUCCUGCGACAUGUGCGAGACCAAGUUCUUCACCCAAUGGCAGCUCACCCUCCACCGGAGAGAGGGGGUGUUUGACAACAACGUUAUUGUCCACCCCAGCGACCCUCUGCCCAGCAAGAUCAACCUGUUUGGUGGAGGGCCCGGCUCGGAGCUGGUAUGCACCGCCUGCGGGAAGCCACUGGCCAAAGAUUUCCACACUGUCCGGGGCCACAUCCUGGACCACGUGAACUUGAAAGGCCAAACAUGUGGCGUGUGCGACCAGCGGCAGCUCAACCUCUGCAGCCUGAUGUGGCACACCCUGUCCCACCUGGGCAUCUCCGUCUUCUCCUGCUCCAUCUGUGCUAACAGCUUCGUGGACCGGCAUCUGCUGGAGAAGCACAUGGCUGUCCAUCAGAGCAUGGAAGAGACUCUCUUCCGAUGCCAUUUCUGCAGCCAGAGCUUCAAGCUGGAAGCGGCUUACCGCUACCACAUCAGCCAGCACAAGUGUGGCGGCAGCCUGGACGUUGUCCGGCCCAGCUUUGGAGACCGGCUCCAGCAGCAAGCCCUCCAGAAGAGGAAGGUGCCAGAGGAAUUUCUGAGUGAGGACCUGGCUCUGCAGAACCAGCCAGGAAACAGUAAGUACAGUUGCAAAGUCUGCGGGAAGAGGUUUGCCCACACAAGCGAGUUCAACUACCACCGGAGGAUUCACACGGGAGAAAAGCCUUACCAGUGCAAAGUGUGUCACAAAUUCUUCCGCGGCCGCUCCACCAUCAAGUGCCACCUGAAGACGCACUCGGGGGCCCUCAUGUACCGAUGCACUGUGUGUGGACACUACAGCUCCACCUUAAACCUCAUGAGCAAGCACAUCGGCGUCCACAAAGGCAGCCUGCCGCCCGAUUUCACCAUUGAACAGACAUUCAUGUACAUAAUCCAUUCCAAAGACGCAGAGAAAAACACAGACAGCUGAUUGGGCGGUGCUGGUGGGGUGGGGGAGCAAACGCUAACUACAAAGUGGUGACUUCCCCCCCUCCCCAGUUUUAACGGUUGGACGUUGUGGAUGAAAUUCUCCUUUUUUUUUGGCCUUGCCUCGGGAUUUUUCUGUCGGCAUCCUUCCAGUUAACAGCACAUGAGCUAAACCAAGAAGCCCGUUCUCUUUACUUACCUCCAGUCCCAUUAGAGGCCGCUGAGUUCCGUGGGUUGGCGUUUCUUCCUGGACUUUGGAUCUAAUAAAUAGACAACUAUCUCCGUUGAGCAGGUUAACCCUAGUCUGGCCUCCCGCGGCUUUGAGAUCACACCUAGAUUUAUGCUGCUAUUAUCCUGACAGCCAGCCUCAGUACAGCCAGGACGGGAAGGUGUUGGACACGAAAACACUAAUUGGUUUUCUUCUAGGCUUUGCUGCUACUGGGAGGAACAAAGCAGAGUAUGGCCUUGCGGCCAGGGGAGCGCUCCAGGAGUUCGACUUGAUGCUUGAAAAGGGGGAUUAGUGCAACUUCUAGCCGCCCAUCUGAGCCAGGGCCACAGUUGCUGAUUGUUUUCUCCCCCCCGCCCCCCCGUACCUCUUCUGAAGUUUAAAAGUCACAUUUGAGAGGCAGGGAAAUGUAGGAGUAACAGAGCAGCCCUAGCUCGGGGCAGAGCUUCUUGGAGAAAAGAGGAGAGGUCUCUCUCCAUAAACUAGGCUAGAUUGUCAGGAGGGAACACGUUACCCUCUCUGAAGAGUCACUGAGCCAGGGGAAGCACAUAGCAAAUGCUGGCAGAAGGUCUGGUUUCCCCCUUGUUCUCCCCCUUUUCCCCACUCCCAUACCGAAGAGAAAUGUUUUUAGCAGAGAUCGUCCCCUCCAAGUCCCUGUGAUUCUGCGGCCUGCAGUAGCACGUUAAUGCUGCUGGGGCACGGAUCUAUAGCUCACCCCGCCCUCCCUAAGUCGGUAGUACAGAAGUCUGGGGGUUGGAGUGUGGAGUGCAUCACGCAUCCCUGUGCCCGUGCAAAGGAUGAGGGUGAAAAGAAACCAUUGCCUUAACUCCUGGGAAGGUGUCUUUGAAGGAAGAGCGUUCUCCCCGCUACAGGGUUAGCCCCCCACCUCGCGGUAAUGGAACGGCCACCGCGUCUGUGACGUGGUUUCUAUCGAAGGACAUCGUCGGGGCUGAUGUAUGUUUACCCCGUCUGCUUUCACCAGGUAACGCUGUAGCUUUUCACACACGCCCGCUGGUGGAGGUCGGGAUGGUUUUUCCAGCGUGACUGCCCUGGGGUGGGGAGUGGAAAGGUGUGAAUAUGACACAUGUAGCAGCAUGAGUUAGAGCUGUCCCUAGGUGACUUGUACUACCUCAUAACCUCAGGGCUUGAAGCUCAGGACUUGAAGCCACGGGAACCUGUGGACAGGCUCCCGCAUUUCUAUACACUCUGAACACUCUGCCAGCCUCUCCCCCAGCCCCCCAGGGAGCUUCUCUCUGCCACGUUGCCGCUGGGAGAGACUGACUCACCCUAGCUGCGCUCGAGGUAGCGGGCUAAAAAGAUAUUGCGACACUGGCCACAGCUCAGGCGAGCCCCAGAUCUGAGCUCGGGUGACUCGCUGGAACUGCCGCUGGUGCUGCAACAUCCAAGCUACUAUUUUUAGCGCACCUGCUUGAGCAAAACUAGCAGGAGUCUGUCUGCCCGGGUGGGGAGGCUCGGUACCGCUGCAGCGUAGACACCCUCAGAGGAGCAGCAUUGGUCUGCCUGGGGGCUAGGCGUCCCUUGGUUCGAACCCCACUGCUAACACUAACUUCACUGUGGCCUUGGGCAAGUCGCUUCACCUCUCUGCCUCAGUUUCCCCAUCUGUAAAAUGGGGGCGUUAAUACUUGUGGUACCUACCUACCUCCCUGGAGCGUGGUGAUGAUUAACCAGUUCAUGUCUAAAACGUGUUGAAGAUAAAGAGCACUUAUGAGUAUUAUUAUGUAGCAUCCUAGGGAAAUGACCCCUCACGUUCCUUUAAAAAAAAAAAAAAACCCUCUACCCCCACCCACGGGUGCAGUAACAGCCCUGCAGCAUCGUCCUUCUCCGUACUCUGCUCUCUGUUUCUGGGCCCUGUGAAACAAACACUUGUGAUAAAGGGUAAGAUGAAGACUGGAAGAGGAGUGAGCAAUAAGCAGAGACUGCUUGCUUAGCCUAGCGUGCCAGGAGUAGGUUUGCGGGAGGGGCACGAUGUCUGAGGGUGCACAAAGAAGGCAGGAGCUUGCGGUCUGAGGGGGCGAGGGUGUUAAGAGUUAAUUGUGCUGGGAACCCUGGGGAACGGAGCGAGUCUCUUGCUCAUCUCCUGUUGAUUAGAGUCAGGAGUGGUACCGAUUCCACCAGUCGGACUUCAUGCUCUAGGGUUGGGAUGGGAUUUGUGGAAGGGCAGCAUCCCCGACCGCAUUUGGAAGCUCCUGCUUUUUAGCAUGGUCAUCAGAAUCCCUUCCCGUCUGCAGCUGAUGGUGGUUGUUUCAGUGUAAAGGUUUAAUGCCCCAUCGGCACCUCCUCAAGCUGCGAUAAGGGCAUGUGAGUGCAGGCAAUGGAGGCAGAGCCCUGAAGGCAUCUGGCUGCGUUCGUCCAGGCAGUGCCAGAGCUCGCACGAGGAACCAACCACAGCUCCUGAGCAGAAACCUCCCCUGCUCCUGAGCAGAAGGAACCCUGCUGACCUCUGUACUGACGUGCGCUUUCAAACACUGGUGCCCCAGUCAAACCACAUGGCACUAAGAAAAACCCUAUGUUGGCGAGACCAUCGUCUGAGAUCUGCCCUCCACAGUCUGUGUAAUGUUAACCAGUUUAAGGAGUGCCAUAUGCAGACAUCCCUGGGUGGCUCCAAGCUUGGACCCAGCCCCUGGAUAUGGCCCUCCGUGGAAGGUGUUUAAAAGAGGAAGUGGAUGUUGAAAUGACAGAAUUCUAGUUCUUGAUUAAAUCUGACUCGAACUUUGCUAGCCCUGGCUGACUUCUGACUUCAUGUCGAACUGAACAAGCUAACCCAUGAUUGUCAUAGAGGGGAUGUCCUACACCUUUCCUUGCCCCACCUGGUGCUGACUAAAUGGACGGCAGGUCUGAGCCAGUCGGGGGGUUCCUAUGAAGGGUUUUCAAAGAGGCAAAAAGUUCUUGGGUGCAGGUAGCCAUCCGGAGGUCAUUCUGCCAAGUCCUAGAAGCCGUGUGGAAUGCUGCGGGGCCCUGCCUCAUGGUUACAGGUCUGCACACCCGAAUCGAAGCAGUGAAGCAAAAGCCUUUGCGGCAAAAAAACAAACAAAUGCUUGGACGCUGAAACACUAACAGCAAGCGACACCCUGCCCCAGGUCAGGGGAAGGGAAGGCUAACGCCUGCCCCCUUUUUCGUGACUCUGGUCUGUGCCUACGUCUACAGUAUGAGCUAGGGGUGUGAGUCCCCUUUUGUGUCCACAAACUCGUUGAGGUACAGUGAAGCCAGGGUGGCCCAGGGACCAUCUGAAACCGCUGGGUAUUUACUUGGCACGGCUAAGGCAGGCCCUGCUGCCGCUCCCCGGGCUUCGACUGCUCCGCAGCUCAGCGUAGCUCUCGUCAGUGGGUCGAGGAAGGGGGAGCUGUCGGCUCAGCCAGGGAGCGGCCAGAGCUCAGAUCCCUGCCCACUUCUGCCUUUGGCUUUUCCCUGGGUUAUAAUGACCCGUUUAGUUCUCCCUCAAAACACUCAAGAGAUUGGCAGCCAUUUGACUGUGUGCUUGCUUGUGGGCAAGUGAAAAAAAUUCCAAUUUGCAAAACUCUGUCACGAGUUCAAUCCCUUAGUUUCUCUGAAUUGGGAUGAGGCCAAAACCUGGGCUCUCCCUCCCAGCCUGGGGAUCCAAUGCCAGGAUCCAGCCCUCACCCUCCGGAGCGCCCUCCCUCAAUAUGUCAGACCCAAACUCCACGGGAAUCAAGUAGAGUCUUUCUGCUGGCUUCGAUGGGCUUUAGAUCAAGGCCGUAACCCCAGACGCGAUGACUAAUCUGCAAUGGGUCCCGGUGUCUUCCCUUGCUUGGGCCACCUUCUUUACCAUUCAGUUUUCUGCCUCCCCUUUGUCAUGGGGCUACCACUGGGUCCUGCCAGCCAGGCUAAGAGAUCAAGUAGUCUUCACGAGCAAUGUCCAUGCUGCUUUAUGGGGGGCAGGAUUAGGUGGAGUCCAGAGACAGAAGGAGUCUCUCUCAUGCUUUCACUCUGAAACCAGAGCAGGCUGCUCUGCUCCCUGAGGCUAGAGUCCAAAAUCUGUCUCCCAUGCCAGGCAUGUCCUGCUGAUGCCCCCGGCUCACAGAGUUGUUUUUUUGGUUUACUGCCUAACAAUUAUUCAUGCCCUGGCCCCGCUUCAGAAGCCAAACACUACUUCUAGUGGGAAAAGGUAACAGUAUUGUCUGGUAGACCAUACAGGGGGCUGGGAGAGAGACCCCCUGGGUUCUGUUCCCAGCUUUUCUACUGGCUCAGUGUAUGUUCUUGCAUCAAUUACCCCCCAGUCUGUAAACAUGAGGGACACUAAGAAAUACCUACCUCACAUGCGGGAGGGUGUGAGGUUUAAUUCUUGUUUGUAAAGAGCUUUGGGAUCCUUGGGGAUGAAACGGGGGCUUCUAACAGGACAACAUAUUAUCAACGAUCCAAGCGACAUUGUAGGGUUCUGUUUAAUCCCAGGUGCCUGCCACACUAAUGGGGCUUGAAGCAAGUUGCCCCGUCUCUAACCAAAAGGCAGCAGUGUCCCAAUGGAGAACGUAACCUUAUGAGACUGGUCUCUUUAUUUCUGAAACACAAACGGGGUUUUCUUUCAUUCUUUCCCUCUCUCGAAGGAUCCAGAUCUCAAAAAAAAAAAAAAUGAAGCAGAAAAGAGAGUUGUAAUUACUGUCUAACCUUUCCAUUAAGUUAAUAGUAGGUACUGACCUGAUAUUUAAGUGGUUACUAUCUAUUUGCUGUAAAGUUUUGUAUAUUUUGUAAACUCCCCCCGCCCCCAAAAUAGUAGAUGUCUAAAAUCGUUGUACAUCGGAUUCUUUUAUACUCCAUCAUCCAGCACAAAGUGUGGUUUUUAUUUAGAAUAAUAAAAUGGAAAACAGCCACCCUUUG